AGAGCAGUUUGCCCGAGGUACUAACGAGGCAAGAAGGGAAAUGUUGCGUCUGAUAGAGCUGGGACAGAGGCUGUAUUUGUUAGACAAUAGUGGAUUUGCAGUGGUGUGUGACAAGUGAGAAAGAGACAAGGAGGAGUAGAGACAUCUGAAAGGACAUAGAAGUUGAAAGAGGAAAAAGGAGCUGCCAUGAUUCUACUUACAACUGCAAACGGCGCCUUACCCCUGGCAGCGAUUAUGACUGUGCUGACCUGUGUGUUGCUACAGGGGGCCCAGGCAGGUGUGGUAGGGGACUUUAACCAUGUGGAACGCUGCAAGGACUCUCUGUACAUGGGCACUCCACCUCGAGGCUACCUCGGCAACUCCUUUAAGAAGAUCUGCCAGAGGUACGAGGACAAACCCCGUUAUGUCACCCUGUAUGACCCCCACAAACACAUUCCCAUCUAUUCCGCCUACACAUUCAAGAAGUCAGACGGGGAGAAGAAGGUGGACUUCCCUUGGAUGUUUGAGCCCCAGUUGGCCUCAGAAAAAAGCAGCAGUAACAUGGAGCCCUUCCCACAGUCUUCCAGCAUGCAUAUGAACUUUGAGGACACCCAAGCAGUCCUAGAGGACUAUGCUGAUGUGGUUCAAUACGAACGAGGCCAACUAAAUCCCGAUGAGCAUCAGGACGACCCUCUGGACAAAGCCUCCACCUACAGCUUGACGAAUGUGGUACCUCAGAGUAGGGAAUUCAACUUGGGUCCCUGGGCAGAACACCAGGAGCUAAUUCGCAAACGCCUUAACAACUACUGCCGUGGCAAAGCCUUUGUGGUCACUGGGGUGACCACCUCCGGGCACACGAUACGGCGCAACAACCUGGACCGGGUGGCUGUGCCGGAAUACAUGUGGUCGGCCUACUGCUGCACUGAGUUUGACCAAAAUGCACCAUACUUUGUGCGCUACAAGUUCCCCGUGUUUGGAGCUUAUGGGCUGAACGAUCAUGUCAACAACCAUGUGGUGGAAGUUCCUCUCAAGAACCUGGAGAAGUUCCUCAAAGGGAGGAUGGAUGUGGACACAAACUUCCAGAUGUUCUACAAGGACUGUGUGCCAGAUAACUAAAAUAAAAAGGGUGUGACGUCUCUUACAAUGGAAGAUUAGUGUAUUAGAAAUGUAGCACUUGAUUGGCAUUCUUGCAGCUCAAAAAUAUACAUGGAACUGAAAUGUGUUGCCAAAUGUGUAAGCUAUAAAUGAGGAAUUGCAGAGUCUGUCUCAUUAAGUCAAAUUUUUCUGCAUUUUAUUUGCUGUUUGAUCUGUAAAAAGUAAAUAAAAUGUCCAUCAAAAUGUGA